GUCUCGUACUCGCGCCAAGCGGUAUCCUGGACAUCGAUACAUAUCGAAAUUUUUCUCCCAUUGCCAAGGAGCGUGCAUACGUCUGUAUACAGCAUGAAAUAUACGCCAGAGAGAAAUCUGUAAUGAGAGUCACGUGACCCAGGCCGUUUGUAUGUACGGUACCUACUGCACUCAUACGUGUAACUUUUUUCUGGUUUUUAACGUUCGCAGCUCAGCUCGUGCUAAUGUUUGUUUACCAGAAAUAAAACCAGUUUUAUUCGUGUUUUUUUCUCUUAACUUUUUAAAUGAAAUACAGUUGCAUUCGUGAAAUUGGAAUGCAUUAGCAGAGUAAUGUUUGAUUUUUAAGCAGAUUGUGCGACAAAUGAUUAAAUAGUGGUUUGCAGAAGCGUCAACAGUAAAUCGAAUAUAACCCGCAGAAGAAAAAUUACUACAAUUAAAAUGAUGAAGAAUUCAAAAAGAACUGAGUCCAAUAUUUCGGUGGAUCUGGAUGAACCUUUGACCGGCGAAUCGUGCUCUCAGCUGGUUAUGGAGCUCGUAAAGUAUGUCAUGUACCAGAAGCAACAAAUUCCGCUAUCGUGUGAUUCUUUGAUGAAACUUCACAAAACUUCGAAAUCGACAGACAGAAAUUUUUCGUUGAUGCAGAAAUUAGUCGAUUCACUGGCUAACGUGUCCCAUCAACUUAACUCGCAAUUUGCUCGAAAUGAGUGUGACGUGAAAGAAAUUUUGAUUAUCAUUGGUGCAACAACUUUCUCUCCAAAACUGUGCAUCAGAAUAGAAUUACCUUACUCUAUUCUCAGCAGUCGAAAUCAUUCGUCAUGCCAUCACUCUUCUCGUAAAAUAUUGUUAAAUGUUAUGAAGUCAAUGCUGAACUGCGAAGAGUUUCAACAAGAAAUGACAGUGCCAUUAGGACUAACAAAUACAUUUGUUCUAGUUCAAAAAAGAGAUUCUCGCAAGAUCUCUGAGUAUUUUGUGCCAAAGCCACAAUUCAAUUUUUCUUCUCAGAAUACAGCUUCAUUUCUCAUUAAACUGAACUAUAAUGGUGGUAAUGAAUUCAAUUGCAAUUGUGGAAAUUUAAUAAGAGUUUUCAAUGAUUUUGAUCAAAAUUGUUACGACGAUGACAGUGAAAAUGUAGAAAAAUGUGAUAAUGAUGUAUCAGAAAUCCCUUACCAAUGGUAUCAGUCAAAAGACAUUUUAAAAGGUUUUAAAUUUCUUAGAUAAUAUCAACUUGAAUUGAAUUGUAAAAAAUUUGCAAUAUUAGAAAAAUUUUAAAAUAUAAGUAGGUAUUAAUUUUAAAUUGUUAUAAUACUUCUGUCAAAAGUAUUUAGACAGUAGAAAACAUACUAGUUGUUAUAAACAAAUUGAAUUUUUAAACUGUUAGAAAUUUAUCAACAGUUGAGAAAAUUAAAUGAAAUAGUGAAAACUGAUGAUUCAUGGAACAAACGAAGGCAAGUUUACGAAACAAAAAAUCAUUUCAUUAAUCUUAUCAGUUCAAAUGUUUAAAGACAAGUGAUCUAUACAUAAUCAUGGCUUUUUAAUUUUAAAAACAUAAAUUUUGACAAUACUCAUUUAUAUAUACUUGUAUAUUGCCAAGUAAAAAAAUGUAAUGUAAUUUGAUUUAUAUUAAAAUUUUAGUCAAUUUUUAUCUGAAUCUUCGUUAUUUAAUAAAAGAUGAAAUUUUUAUACUUUA